AUGAGCGUCUCUAGUUCCCCUAGUACUCAUAACUCUCCCGUUCCGUACUCUCCUGUUAUAGAGCCCCCUCCCGGGCAUGUUCCUCAAAUGCCUCGUACCAGUCGGGUCUUCGGCGACUUCGAUCUGCCUGAGAAUCUUAUGCAUUUGCUUGCCGAAGCUGAUGAUUGGGUUCCUCAAGAAUGGGUUAGCUUCGAGGCUUUUCCCGCCGACAUGUGGGAUACCGCGAACCAUGAUCCUGCCGUCAUCGAGCUGGACUGCGAACGUUGGUACGAUUACAUCCGGGAACUGAGAGACAGAUACGGACUUCACAUUCUCAGACAACGUCCGUACAGGCCCCUCAUCGCCGAUUCCAUGCGUCGCGCCCGACCUGGCCGACAAAUGCAGAAUAUGAUUCAGUCAUACCUUUAUUUCUUCCCCAAUGCCGUUUACGGGGAUAUUAAACUCGGAGUGAGACCCCUUGUCUACACCGCUAUUGAGGAGGGCCACCUCCAUGCGUUCCGCAUCUUCACCGAUCCGACUGGGGAGGCUUACACUUCUAAUAUCCAGGAGCAGGGGGAUUCCCUUAUGAGGUGGUCCGUCGAACGCUCCCCGGACUCCCGUAUUAUUGUAUGGCUUAUUACACAGGGUGUUCCUUUUAGUAUGUCUCUUCGGGAUACUCUUGAGCGAAGGGGAAUGGCCCCAAGGGGCUCCACCUUCUCCAACUGGCUUACGGAGGUCAUCGCUCAUGGCUACCAUGCCAUUUAA